AUGGAACCCUUCCUCCGCCAGCUCGCCCAGAAGUACAACUGCAACAAAAUGAUCUGCCACAAGUGUUAUGCCCACCUGUACUGCCACAAGAAGUCAACUGCAGUGCUGGGAGCAGAUGUGACCCUGAAUCCUGGUGCCUCCACGACUCCUUUCAUGACCAAGUCCUUUCCUCCAACCACUACUGGCCCCGCACAAAGGCUGCCUUGGGAGCAGCACCUUCUACCCCUUACAACCCCAUCAUUCCUUCCUGGUCACCCCCUGGUGCUGCCAGCUUUGCCCAGGUCACCUCUGGUGGCAGGAGAUGCUGGUCAAGGCCUUGGUGGGACUGGGAUUUUCAACAUUGUGGGCCAGGUCAGGUCAGAAAAGGGGCAACCACAGACCUCCCAGACUCAGACCACUGUUCUGACUCAGGCCACCCUCAACAGGAGUGCUUCAGAGGCCCUCUGUGGAGGUGCUGCAUGUCCUGCACCCCUCUUCUUGGAAGCCUCUGCGGUGGAGAUGAUUAUACCCACCUCGGCUUUUGGGGGCACCCAGGCAAGCGAAGGAGGCUGGCAUCCCGGCCUUCCAGCUCAAGCUCCACCACCAGCUGCCCAGCUGGCCCCCAUCGUGCCCUCGGUGAACCCUGGGGCACGGCCACGGCCACAUGGGGCUUCCAGGGAAGGUAGCCAGGGCACCUCCCGGCCCAAGGCCUCGCCAGAUGACUCCUGCAACCCCAAGAGUGUGUACGUGAACUUCCGACGUUGGCAGUGCUUCAAGGCCCUGGCCCGGGAGCACCUUCCCCAGAGUCCUGAUGUGGAAGCUCUUUCCUGCUUUCUCAUCCCAGAGCUCCGGUCCCUGUCCCGCCUGAAGCCCACCAUGGCUNUGGAGGAGGGAAUGUGGCGGGCCGUGCACGCGUGGCAGGGCAAAAGCAACUUUGACAGGAGGAUCUAUCACGAGAUGGCAGACAAGUUCAUGGAGUUCGAGGCGCAGGAGGAAAUGCGGUUUCAGAAGUUGCAGUUAAAGAAGGGGGCGCAGGGACAGCCUCCUCCAGCCCCACCAAGGCCUGAUCCUCGGGGGCCCCGAGCCCCAGUGGUGGGCCCACAGCCAGGUACGCCAGCAGGAUCCCCCAGGACCCCUGGCCAAAGCAACAGGGCUGCACCCACGGCCCAGCGAGCCCGCACACCCCAAUGGCCCCAGGAGACGGAGUCACCCGAUGGGAUCCCCCCCGCGGCCGUGCAGGAGUACAUGGACCUCAUGGACGAGCUGCUGGGGCUGGGCCACUCAGCCGCAGGGGAGCCAGGUGGAGAAUGGGAGGAUGGAGGAAAGGACCUGCUGCCGGACAAGGGUCUCCUGAGCUACCUGGACCAGCUGUGCUGCCAGCAAGACUUCGUCGCCGAGGUGGAUGAGGUCAUUCACCUCGGAUUUUUAAAACAAUUGCUUUCCCCGGACACGCGGCAGGAUCCCCUGGCUCUAGCUGAGGAGUUGGAGCAGGAGGAAGGACUCACUCCUGCCCAGCUGGUAGAGAAGGGACUCCUGGCCUCGGAGGAGCAGGAGGGUGGGCAGGCACCCCCGAGUCACGGCGCUCCCCUGUUAGACCCAAGUCCUUCUGAGUCUGCAGUGGGCCAAGAUGCCCAGAGGCGUGACCACGGCCCCCAGUUGGGGGUGAAUGACAAAGCCUGCCCACAAGAGACUGACUUCAAGGACCGUCAAAGGCACAUUCGAGGAGAUGCCAAGGUGUCCAGGACCAAGGAGCUUUCUGUCUCUUCAGGACGUCAGGAGUACCCACCACUCCUGGGUCAAGGGGUCCUCUCUCCUCCCCAGGGUCACCGGCAGGCUUACUCUGGACUGGGACCCAGGGACGCCUCCAUUCCCAGAGAGACCUCGCUUGUUACCGAGACUCUGGGGCCAGAGGGCAGGUCCAGUGCGGAUGAGGAGGACCUCCCCAGCCUGGCCUUCCUCUGGGCCUCUCCUAAGAGCCUGCUGCCCUGUCAGCUCUCUCUGAGUCCUGUCCCUGCCUCAGGCCCUGUCUGCCCUGGAGGUCGGGGGCCCCGGGGAGCUGCCCAGUCCCAGUUCUUUCAGAGACUUGGCCUCAGCCAAGCUUCAUCUCCAGCUUCCAAGUCUCGGGAGCGCACUCUGGCUGGAGGCCCAGCCCGUGCUGAGAAGACCCCCCUCCCAGGGGCUGACCUCAGGGCCUGCCAAUGCCGCUCCCCCAUGUUUAAGUUCUGA